CACUUUGGCUGAUAAUAAAUAACAUUGGAAUCAUUCGGUAGAGAAAUGAUCCUACUUCUCAGCGAGUCAGUGACAAUCACAAAGCCCCCAUCCUCUUUUUUACGUACUUUCUAUUCCAAUUAUAACUUAAUUAAGAUCAUGUACUGGUCUGUUUGGCUUUGUGUUGUAAGCUUGUUUAUAGCAAGCAUAACUCACUGGGUUUACAAAUGGAGGAAUCCUAAAUGCAAUGGCAAACUCCCUCCAGGUUCAAUGGGAUUCCCACUCAUUGGAGAGACCAUCCAGUUUUUCAUCCCAAGCAAGUCCUUGGACGUUUCGAGUUUCAUCAAGAAGAGGAUGAAAAAAUACGGUCCAUUGUUCUGUACAAACUUGGCAGGACGACCGGUGGUGGUGUCGUCGGACCCAGACUUCAACUACUAUAUAUUCCAACAAGAAGGGAAGUUGGUGGAGUUAUGGUACAUGGACUCCUUUGCAAGGCUUGUCGGCCUGGAUCCUUCACAGUCUAUUACUUCAACUGGUUAUAUUCACAAGUAUGUUAAGAACUUGGCGUUGGCUCAUAUUGGUACCGAGGCCCUGAAAGACGGACUCCUUUCGAAGGCUGAAGAUAUGAUACGUACAAGGCUGCAUGAUUGGUCCAAGUUGCCUGCCUUCGAAUUCAAAGCAUGCGUUUCAUCGAUGAUAUUUGAUUUUACUGCAACCUCGUUGUUUGGUUAUGACUUCAAGAUGAAAGGAGCACAUUUUAGUGAAAAAUUUACAAACAUCGUACAUGCUCUUAUUGCAUUUCCUUUGAAUAUCCCGGGUACAACUUUCCAUAAAUGUCUAAAGGACCAAAAGGAGGCAAUGAAGUUGAUUCGUGAUGUAUUAAAAGAGAAAAAAGCUUCAUCUAAAACACUUGAAGGAGAUUUUCUUGAUCAGAUGGUUGAUGAUAUGAAGAACGAAAAGUUCCUAUCGGAUGACUUUGUCGUUUUUGUUGUGUUCGGGUUUCUACUUGCUAGUUUUGAGACAAUUUCCUCUACUUUAACCUUAGCUAUUAAGUUACUCAUAGAACACCCUUUAGUAAUGCAAGAACUAAUUGAGGAGCAUGAGGCAAUCCUUAAAAAUAGGGAAGAUCCAAAUUCUGGAAUUUCAUGGAAGGAAUAUAAGUCAAUGACUUUUACUCAUCAAGUUAUCAAUGAAGCUCUUAGGUUAGGCAGUGUUGCUCCAGGGAUUUUGAGAAGGGCAAUAAAAGACAUUCAAGUAAAUGGAUAUACGAUUCCAGCAGGCUGGACAAUCAUGGUUGUUCCCGCAGCUCUUCAACUAAAUCCUAAUACUUUUGUUGAUCCCCUUGCUUUCAAUCCAUGGCGGUGGAAGGAUAUGGGAGUUGGUGUUGUAGCAAAGAAUUUCAUACCAUUUGGAGGUGGAUCGAGAUUAUGUGUAGGAGCAGAGUUUACUAAGGUUCUAAUGACAACAUUUUUCCAUGUCUUGGUCACUAAUUAUAGGUUGACGAAGAUCAAAGGAGGACAGAUAGCUCGAUCUCCAGCUUUGACAUUUGGAAAUGGUUUACAUAUCAACAUUUCAAAAAAGCAUCAAUGAUUGUAAUAAGCAUAGAUGAGACUCAAAGUUUGAUAUAAUUAUCUGUACUAUAUAUCAAAAUCAUAUAUAAGACGAUAGAUGUACAAGGUUCUCUUGAAACCUUUAUGAUAUUGGUUUACAAUAGAUGUACAAGGUUCUCUUGGAACCUUUAUGAUAUUAAUGGUUUAUAAUUUUCUAUUAUAUAUAUACGAAUAUGGUCUUUCUCUUGUAAACUUUUCCUUAAUCAUGAAUAAAGUAGUGAAUUAUAUA